AUGGUCAAACAGAUGCGCCUGCACAAAGAGGACUUUGAGAUCCUCAAAGUGAUUGGACGAGGAGCCUUUGGAGAGGUAAGCCUUUUUUGUGCUUUUUAUAUAACUUUAUUAUAUGUGGUCCUCUGUAGCUCAGCUGGUAGAGCACGGCGCUUGUAACGCCAAGGUAGUGGGUUCGAUCCCCGGGACCACCCAUACGUAAAAAUAAUGUAUGCACGCAUGACUGUAAGUCGCUUUGGAUAAAAGCGUCUGCUAAAUGGCAUAUUAUUAUUAUUAUUAUUAUUAUUUCACCAAGAAGUUUAUUUGAAGUCUGAACCUCAAUAGAAAUCUUGCAAGGCAUUAGCAAAGACAAAGCAUUUUAAGUGUAGCCUACAUAGGGCUUAGAGACAAAUACAACAACCGAACAAUACCUGCAAAUACAAUAUAGUUCAUUUUCACUCAAGAAUCUGGGACUUUAUUUAUUGGUCAAAAAAGACUGUAAAAUCAUCAGGAAUUCAGCAAAAAAAUGUGUUUAAUUUAGGAAAUCGGUUCCUAAGUGUUCACACAAAUAGAAAAUAGAUAUGUGAUUGUGCCUCAAUGUAAUACAGGGAUGAAAUGAUUGUAAAUACAAUCUCUCUUUUUGGCCUCAAUUUGCAGUGUACUAAUUAGUUUCUGGCCCCCCAUACCAUCCACUCUGACAAAAAUUGUCCUGCGGCUGAAAUGAGUUGUCUACCCCUGCUCUAUGUGAUCUCAGCAGCAAGGCAUUGGCCACUAGGUUACAAGCGAUCUGCAUGACUCAACAUGUAAGAGAAUGCUUUCAUCUCUUCUUCACCAUCAUUGUGGAAGAAGAAGAAAAUAAUUAUAAAAAAUGGAACUGAAACCAACCCUUUGUUUUUCUUCUUUACGGCUCGGGGGGCCUGAGUUGAAUUAUAGUUUUUAUUACGUCUUCUAUUGUGAGUAAUGUCAAACCUGGGGAAUGUUGGUGAGCUAGGCAGGUAGCUAGUGAUGGUAGCAGGAACUCAGCCGUGUAAGGUUACAUGAGGUGUGACACGUUGUAUAUUAUAGUUUGUUAGGCUAGCUGCUGUGCUGCUGGCAGACCUGGGUUCAAAUACUAUUUGAAAUCAUUUCAAAUACUUUCUGUGGUUGAUUGAGCUUGCCUGGCUUCAUACACCAAUGGAAUAGUUCCAAACCGUCAGACCCCGCCCCUCUGGCACUCCAGGCAGGCUAGAGCCAAACGCUCAAAUUAUUGGAAAGAUUUGGAAUGGUGUUUGAACCCAGGUGUGGUGGAGCAGGUUGGUUGGAGCUCUGCCCAGUGCUGAGGCCCCUAUGGCCUGUUUCAGACCCUUUUUAUUGGGGUUUUAUUUCACGGUGAGUGGUUGUGCCCCAGCCCUGGUCCCUAGCCCAGUGCCAGGCUAGCAGCGGUGCCCACCUGUGUUUGGCCUAUUUCUGUGGCUCUGAUGUUAGCUAGGCUACAGCCUCACAGUUGAUUGCCUCUACUUUUUUUAUUUUAUUUCUGAUGUAUGUCCCUGUGAUGUACUGUAUCUCCUGUGUUGAAGUAGGCCUAAGUCUCUGUGCCUCCUGUGCUGUGUCAAUAGGCCCAGAUCUGCCAGUUUAUUUCAUAAAGCCUAGCAUCUAUAGCCUACAUGCUAAUCAAAGCUUCUGAGUUAGCUAGAAAAGCAGCAACAAAGUAAGUAGCUGGAUUUGUGUAAAUAAUUAGUUAAUUCAAUUUAAAAGUAUUUACAAUCACAGGCCUAUUCAGUUGACUGUAUCUAUUCAGGCCUAUUCACAACAACAGUUUCCAGUGGUUUACAGUAGGCCUAGAUCUACUUAAUGAUAAUGAGGUCAUCAUGAUUUAAAAGGUCUCUGGCCAGAGGUCCCUCUUAUGUCAUUCCAGUGGAAAGCCAUCAUAGUGUAACUAACUGUAAGGUUCUCUACCAUUCACAUCUCCUGCUGACUGCCCUUCCCAGGGAGGAGUUUAGCAAAAAUCCAGAAAAUUUCCCAGGUUUUUCAGAAAUCACAUUUUGAGGAUACCCUCCCUGCUUUAUUACCCUCUGUUUAAGGAAUCCUCCUACCGGUAUUUCUGAAAUUUUUUCCCAAAGUUCCCAGUUUUUUCUUCUCAGAAAUACCAGUUGGAGAAUUCCCGAAGGUAAUAAGCAGGGAGCGAAUCCUCAAAAUUGAAUUUGUCAACCCUACUGAAGAGUAAGGAGUGGGAAGCUGUGUGAAUCGAAAACGGAGGUGAAAGAGGACAUUUGUGAGCAGGAUGUUUUUAUUUCAUCUUCCCAUAGUCAGCUGGGAGAGAGACGGCAUCUGUCUGUGCGUUGGGAGAGAGAUCUAGGUGUCUGUGCAUGAUGUUUGGGCUCUCCUGAUUUAAUGGCUUUUAUAUCACUACAGCCAUCAUACAUGUCAAGCUCUGACACAUGUCUGGCUGGUGAAAGCUAAGAAAACAGGGAGGGGGAUGGGGGGGUAUACACGCUAUACACAUGGACACUGCCAAGAAGAGUCCCCCCUUCCUCCUCCACCCCCCAUCAGAUCACCAGGGGAAACCCAAACAGCGGAGGAAUGUUAUCAUUGCGUUGCAUUUAGCAUUCUCCUUCUUCUUCUCCAUUUCAGACUCCAAUAAGCCUGAGUGUGUGUUUUUUAGUGUGUGUGUGUUGCGUGUACUUUCGUGUGUGCGUUUCCUAUGUGUGUGUGCUUUGCGUGUAUGUGUGUACGUACGUGCUUCUGUGUGUGUGUGAUUGACUGGAUGAUUGGUGGUUUAAAUUCCUCCCGUGGUGAAGGAGGGAGUUGUGGGGGAAGCUGAAGUGAAGAAGGCUUUCUCUUGUGUCCUCUGGCUGGAAGGCUUGAGGGAGGAAUCCUGCUAGCUGAAGUUGUCUGUCCCCGCUACGGCUGCAACUUAACACGUUUGAGGAAUGCUCUUGUUUACUACACUCAGGUCUAACAAUGGGGGCUGACUGGGGUUGUGUUAGACGUUAUCACUUAACAGUAGCUAGCUAGCUAGCUUGCCUGUCCUUGCUGCAGACCCAUUGUAAUGAGUGUAUCUGUCCUGCUGUGCGACCAUGGCCAACUUGAGGCCCUUGAACUGAAAGAUCCCAGCUAUGUCCUAGGUCACUUCCUGUCUGCCUUCCUUUCUCUUCCCCUCCUCUUCUCCUCUGACUCUAUGGCCGUGUUUCAUUCCACAAAGAUGCUCACUUCCCUUGUGCUCUCGUUCACUCCCCUUCCCUGAUCUAAAAGGAGUGGGUCAAGUUCAGUAGGGAGAAAAUGUUCUGAAACUGAGUGGAAUUAUUUCCCAUGGUUUGACCUAUUGAACAUGACAGGAAAGAUGUCAUUAAUAUAGUGGAUGGAAACGUUCUCUCUCCUCCUCAAACUCUCCCUCUCUCCUUCCCCCUCUAACUCCCUCUAUCCUCUGCGUCCUGUAGGUUGCUGUGGUUAAGGUGAAGAAUGCAGACAAGGUGUUCGCCAUGAAGAUCCUCAACAAGUGGGAGAUGCUAAAGAGAGCUGAGGUGAGUACUGGCUAGUAGCACCAACAACAACAGCCAUAGCAUUACAGCAGUGCUAAAUGCUAACAACAGCCAUAGCAUUACACCAUUACAGCAGGGCUAACUACUAACAACUGCCAUAGCAUUACAGCAGCACUAAAUGCUAACAACCACCAUAGCAUUACAGCAGGGCUAAAUGCUAACAACUGCUGUAGCGUUACAGCAUUACAGCAGCACUAAAUGCUAACAACCACCAUAGCAUUACAGCUGGGCUAAAUGCUAACAACCACCAUAGCAUUACAGCACUACUCAGGGCUGAAUGCUAAGUUGAGUUAGCAUUAAACAUGCAAUGCAAGAUUUUCAUGAAAUUGUCACUUAAGUGUGUCUUUCAAGUUUAGAAUAUUAGAUGUGAAUUUGAUUACAUCACUUUAUUAAGACUUUAGAAUGUUUAUUUAUUUGUAUUUCACCUUUAUUUAACCAGGUAAGCCAGUUGAGAACAAGUUCUCAUUUACAACUGCGACCUGGCCAAGAUAAAGCAAAGCAGUGCGAUUAAAAACAACAACAACACAGAGUUACAUAUGGAAUAAACAAAACGUACAGUCAAUAACACAAUAGAAAAUCUAUAUACAGUGUGUGCAAAUGUAGUAAGUUAUGGAGGUAAGGCAAUAAAUAGGCCAUAGUGCAAAAUAAUUACAAUUUAGUAUUAACACUGGAGUGAUAGAUGUGCAGAAGAUGAUGUGCAAAUAGAGAUACUGGGGUGCAAAUGAUCAAAAUAAAUAACAAUGUAAAUAACAAUAUGGGGAUGAGGUAGUUGGGUGGGCUAAUUACAGAUGGGCUGUGUACAGGUGCAGUGAUCGGUAAGCUGCUCUGACAACUGAUGCUUAAAGUUAGUGAGGGAGAUAAGUGUCUCCAGCUUCAGAGAUUUUUGCAGUUCGUUCCAGUCAUUUGCAGCAGAGAACUGGAAGGAAUGGCGGCCAAAGGAGGUGUUGGCUUUGGGGAUGACCAGUGAGAUAUACCUGCUGGAGCGCAUACUAUGGGUGGGUGUUGCUAUGGUGACCAAUGAUCUAAGAUAAGGCGGGGAUUUGCCUUCGAACCAGCAAACUUUUUUUUACUGGCCCAACACUCUUAACCGCUAGGCUACCUGCCGCCCAGUAUAUCUGUUGCUGCUGUGCUUUUCUUUUAAUUGGCAGCCGUUCACAGUGGUCGGUGUGUGUGCGCGCGCCUGUGUGUAGCCGUUCCCAGUGGUCGGUGUGUGUGCGCGCGCCUGUGUGUAGCCGUUCCCAGUGGUCGGUGUGUGUGCGCGCGCCUGUGUGUAGCCGUUCCCAGUGGUCGGUGUGUGUGCGCGCGCCUGUGUGUAGCCGUUCCCAGUGGUCGGUGUGUGUGCGCGCGCCUGUGUGUAGCCGUUCCCAGUGGUCGGUGUGUGUGCGCGCGCCUGUGUGUAGCCGUUCCCAGUGGUCCCCUGGGCCUGCAGUUUUCAUACCUCGGCCUCAUAGAGCAGAACUACCUACUGUGCCUGGCUGUCUCUGGACAUGGGAAACUGUCUGCAAUAAGAAACGCUAGUCUCGAACCCAUGUCCUCACUAAUGUACACCAUGACAUAGUCUAGCUACAGGUUGUCCAAACAGAUGGAAAUAUAUGAAUUUGACUCUUUUUUAUAAGUUUGUUAGAAAGUGUAAUUGAAUUGAAAAUACUUCAUUGACCCCUAAAGGAUCUGAAAGGAGGUUUCCCACAUAAAGAUAGAAUCAAUAGAUUGUAUUUCUAUGGUUCUCCUCCGCUAGCAGACACAGGAAUUCAGUACACACACAGGUAGGACCGAAGUAUGAGAGGCCAAAGUGUGAUGGACCAAAGUGUGUACCAAUGAAAGUAGCUACAGUACAUUCUGUUCAUUCUGUUUGUAUAAUUGUUGCCCUUUGACCUCUCCCUCAGACGGCGUGUUUCCGGGAGGAGCGGGACGUGCUGGUGAACGGGGACAGCCAGUGGAUCACCACUCUGCACUACGCCUUUCAGGACGACAACUUCCUGGUAAGAUCUCCACUAACUUCCCUUCUAUUCAUAUGAGUGUCAAUAAAUGGUAUCUCUUUAUCCCGAAUGGUAACCUAUUGCCAAUAGGGCUCUGGUCAAAAGUAGUGCACUAAAUAGGGAAUAUGGUACCAUUUGGGCCGUAACCCAAAUGGCAGGGGUGCUGGGCACUCCCAUAACAACUGUUAACAUGGACACACCCCUCAGUGUUAUAGAUAUGACAUUUGGUACAGCAUGCUAUCUUUAGGUCAAUGUGUAAUUGAAGCAAUGCAUGGACCCAUGUUGGAAUGCUACCUCUCCAUCCAUUUCCCCCUUUUCAUAUUUUCAGUAUGUUUUAAGGCAGUGGUUACCAACCCUUUUCUGAGUCAAAAUGCAAGCCGAGAUCUACCGCUCAGAUAUAUAUUUUUUUAAACGUAAGCCUAUGCAACAUUAACCAAUUAAAAAAAAGUUCUGUAGCAAUGAGGUUUGUGCAGUAAGCUAUAGGCCCAAUACAUUAUCACUGCAUAUUGGCUACGCUUUAAUUGCCCUGCCAAUGUUGUUUUUCUCAGACCAUUUAGAAAUGAUAUUUCAACAUGUUAGGUGUAUGAUCACACUGGUAAUAGAUCAUUUGUUGGAUUACUUGUUAGGCACAGCUGAGUGAGCAUCAUCUGCAUCUGAUGGCCAGUCUGAGGGGAGGGAGGUAGCAGCGGUGAGGCUGCCUCUCACCCAACUCACCGUCCCUCCUCUCUUCACUGAGAAAAGGGGACAGUCUUUCAGCUGAUUGCGAAACUUAAGUCGCACUGCAUUAUUUCUGCCUCAUGCACCAAUUCCUGUUGUUACUCCUACGACCAGAGAAAGUGAAAUAUUUAUCUAUAUUAAAAAAGACAUAAGCCACGUUUAUGGAAACACUUUGCUUUACUCAUUCAUUACAGCUGCAGUGCUGGUUGUAGCGUGAGUGGAAGUAGUGAGAACGCACAUGUUAUGGCUUAUAAAACUGUUGAACAAAGUGUUGACAGUGCUGAAUAACAACUUAAACCUGAACUUACUCAUAAAACAGCAGCUCUUUGCUGUAUUCGUUGAGUCUCUCCUAGUCAUGGUUUUAAAAGUUUUGAAAUCUCACAGUAUCAACUUUGCUGUGCGUUCCAGGCUUCUUUUUACAGUCUAUGGCACGAGGAAGCUGUGCAGACACGGUGAUCUGAGCUAUCUGAUUGGCCAGUGGUAGACCUAUUGGUGCAUUUGAUUUUCUCUCUGGGCCUGCCUGAUAGGAGGCGUUCUACCUUCAAACACAUGAAAUGGUUAAAAAUGGGAACACUUAGCCUUCCCGGCGCUAAGGCUGCAGAAUCAAGUGCACCUACCGCCAACAGUGCGAAACAAAUACAAAAAAUAGGAACGCAAGGCUUUAUAGAAAUGUUUGGUGAUCGACUACGAAUGGCUUGGAGAUCAACCAGUCAAUCGUGAUCGACCAGUUGAUGACCACUGAUUAAAGGGUUGCUUCCCAAACAGCACUCUAUUCCCUUCAUAAUGCACUACUUUUGACCAGGGCAUAGGGCUCUCAAUAUAUAGGGCAUAGGGCUCUGGUCAAAAGUAGUGCAAUAUAUAGGGAAUAGGGCUCUGGUCAAAAGUAGUGCAAUAUAUAGGGAAUAGGGCUCUGGUCAAAGGUAGUGCAAUAUAUAGGGCAUAGGGUGCCGUUUAGCAAGCAACCCUGUGAAGAGGCCGGAAUGAAAUGAAUAAUAUGAUGACAGUUGACGGUAAAGCAGUUGAUGGAUGGUUGACGGUUAUGGAGUGAUGGAUGGUUGACGGUUAAGGAGUGAAUGGAUGGUGACUGUUACGGGUGAAUGGUUGUUAUACGGUAAGGAGUUAUGGAUUGUUUACUGUUUUAAUGAUGAUGGAUGGUUGACGGUUUAAGGAGUGUGAUGGAUGGUUGACCGUUUAGGAGUGAUGGAUGGUUUAUGGUUAAGGAGUGAUGAUGGUUGACGGUUAAGUGAGUGAUUGAUUGUUGACGGUUAAGGAGUGAUGAUGGUGAUGGUUAGGAAGUGAUGGAUGAUUGAUUGUUAAGGAGUGAUGAUGGUCGAUGUUAAGAGUGAUGGAUGGUUGACGGUUAAGGAGUGAUGGAUGGUUGACGGUUAAGGAGUGAUGGAUGGUUGACGGUUAAGGAGUGAUGGAUGGUUGACGGUUAAGGAGUGAUGGAUGGUUGACGGUUAAGGAGUGAUGGAUGGUUGACGGUUAAGGAGGUGAUGGAUGGUUUGCGGUUACGGGGAGUGGAUGGAUGGUUGACGGUUAAGGAGUGAUGGAUGGUUGACGGUUAAGGAGUGAUGGAUGGUUGACGGUUAAGGAGUGAUGGAUGGUUGACGGUUAAGGAGUGAUGGAUGGUUGAUGGUUAAGGAGUGAUGGAUGGUUGACGGUUAAGGAGUGAUGGAUGGUUUGACGUUAAGGAUUGCUGGAUGGUUGAUUGUAAAGGAGUGAUGGUGGUUGACGGUUAAGGGGUGAUGGAUGGUUGAUGGUUAAGGAGUGAUGGAUGGUUGAUGGUUAAGGAGUGAUGGAUGGUUGAUGGUUAAGGAGUGAUUGAUGGUUAAGGAGUGAUGGAUGGUUGAUGGUUAAGGAGUGAUGGAUGGUUGAUGGUUAAGGAGUGAUGGAUGGAGCAAUAGAGUAGGAUGAAAGAAUGACAGGAUGAGAAAGGAGACUAAGCAGAAAGGGAGAGGCCUGAUAAAAGUGAAGUUGGAAGAUGGAAGGAGGAAGUGAAGGAACAGUAGAGGAAUACAGAGAAUGUUACUUGUACACUAUUAUACAGUAUUGUUAUUAUUAUGAUUAUUAUACUAAUAUUGUGUCAGAGAUAUUUAUUCUCUCCUCUCUCCUCUCUCUGCAGUACCUGGUGAUGGAUUACUAUGUUGGUGGGGACCUGCUCACGCUGCUUAGUAAGUUUGAAGACAGGUUGCCGGAGGACAUGGCAAGAUUCUACCUGGCUGAGAUGGUGCUGGCCAUUGACUCAGUGCACCAACUGCACUAUGUCCACAGGUGA